UUGCAGUGUAUUAGUGUUGUCACAAAAUAACUUGCGUUGUUUGGUUACAUAUAAAUACGGUAUAUAUACAGUAAGUGGCUUGAAUAGUUAUUCUGUUGUUGUGCUUACAAGUUUUUAUUGUUUAAUUUAGUUAACUAACUCUAUAUAGGUUGAAAUAACAGCUUUGGUUUUAUCCUCCAGCAACCACUAACAAGCGGUUGACACCUCAGCAUCCCCCCUGAUUUAAAACCCAAUAAAGAUGUUGUCUCUGUAAACUGUGUCCGCUCCACGUGGUUACUGCAGACGCCAUUGUGGAGUUAUUUGUGCAUUUAUUGCAACCCUUAAAAUGUCAUUGCACAACUGGGGUCGUAGGAUGAAAGAAAGCCAUUUUCGUAUUUAAACUUGUCAAGUGAAUUACAGGAAAUUGCCUGCGGAUCUGAAUCUGGGCGUCCAGACGGAUUGUACAGGUGGGUAUCGCUGACUUCUCGACAGGCUUUAUCAGAAGAAUUAACAAAUGGGAUUAGUGAGCAAGAAAAAUCUUCCCAAGAGCCAUCUGCUAAGCCACCAGCUCAAAGCUGCGUGAUCGCAACCCUCCACAGCCAAGAAAGCAUUUACGAUACACUCACAUUAAUUUAACUUGAAGUUUUGAUAACCGUAUGAGUUUUGGUGGGACGGGAUGCCCGAAUUACAACCAUAAGACUGAUUUUCUUUAAGAAGUACUAAAAAGAAGGAUUAAUGAUGCCUGAUGUAUUGAAAUACAUUUGGUGGGCUUUAAUUUUAACAGGACACUUUUAUGUAAACACAGGUAUGUAUUUACUGUACAUAAGAGUCUUUAAGGUGAUGCUUGCUGUUCGUGACCAUAACUCUUUUUGUUCUCCAUCAGAUGCAAUUGAUGCAAGUCACAGGGAUUAUUUGGCAAAUGGAUAUACAACGAUUUUGGACACCAAUAACUCAUCUGCCGCAGUUAAAGGUGAAACGUUGGCCCACGAAUCUGUAAAAGAGUGGAAAAGCGCUCUGUCCCGACGAAAAAGGGACUUGCUGUUCCCCAGUGGAGUUAAACUGUGUUCACACGAAACCGUGCAGCAGGCGGUGCAGAAUCAUUUGAAGUACUUCAACCUACGAGUGUGCCAGGAGACGGUGUGGGAAGCUUUUAAGAUCUUCUGGGAUCGUUUGCCAGGGAAAGAUGAGUACCAGAUCUGGAUGCAAAAAUGUCAGGAUGGUAGUGUCAGUGUGUAUGACAUUGGCAAGACCUUUAGCGAAUCGGCUGAACACCUCACUGUCAUUGAAAGGAGGAUAGGAAUGGCUUCAACGACAACAAGUGCCCCCACCAGCCCAUGGCAGCCUGAAUGCAGACAUCAGACGACGACAAUCUCACCAACACAAGCAAAUGUGGUCACAACCCAGCAAGUCAGCAUUGUGCUCCCUGAGGCUCUAACAGAUUCACAGGACAUUACAUCGCAAACCACCGCAGAUCAAAUCCAAAGUACCACUAUAGCUACAAAGCCUAAAAUGAUCACCCCAGACAAUGAUUUUACCACAACCUUUGAGGACUUGGGGAUAAGCAGUAAUACAGAGCCUACAAGUGAAAAACCUAAUUCAGAAAUUGAACAGAAGGUGGGACCGGACACUACUGAAGAAACGAAGACCGCAGAUUAUACCAUUCAACAUACAUCGCCUGACGCUGAGCCUGAUAGCACAUUUGAGCCUGAACUUCUCACAACCUCGCCAGGGAUAAGUACUAAUGCUCCUACAGUAGUGCCCACUAAAUCCCAUAAAGAGCUUAAUUUAGUAACCAAACUGGAAGUGGGGGAGGAUGCUACUGAAAGUCCUGUUGGAACAGUAGAUGUUACCAUUCAGUAUGUAGAAGUUGUUUCAUCAGAAGAUACUUUGAGAACUUCAGUUGCUUACAAGCCUGAUCUUCCCGCAGGCUUUGAAGAAGAGCUUAACUCACCGGGGAUAAGCACUAUUACACCUGCAGUAGUCACUUAUGAAUCCACUGAAGACCUUACUUCAGAAAGCGAACUUGAUGUGGCACAGGAAGGUCCUGUUACAUUGAUGGUCACUCAUAAAACACUAAUAGCUUCGUCUUCAGUAGAUGUUCAGGGUGUCUUACUGGAGAGUCCUGUAGAGAUGACUCCUACAGGUCUGGCAGAGGUUUCACCUGACACCACCACAGGAUGGUUGAAUGGUUCAGAUGUGCCAGAAAUGCUAGCAUUGACAACGCUUACUACAUUACAUAAGGCUAAUACAGAUGAUACAGGAGAAGAUCCCCUUGAGGACACCUCUGUUGCGAAGGACGUUACUGCCGUAGUAACGUUAUUUAACAGAGAUGAUAAGGAGACACUUCACGGUAAAGAAGACAAGUUUGUACCAACAGUAGGAUCACUAGUUGAUACCACAGAGAGUAUGGUUGAGGAUAUCAUAACCAUAUUACCAGAAGUUGUUAAGGUGACGACUAGAGAAACACCAAAAGUUAUGGAAGAAACUGAGAAGAACGACCUAGCUGACGUUUCACUGUAUGAAGACACACCUACUGCUGACAGAGACGAAUUUGUAGUUGAAGAUGUGACUGCUAUUGAGAAAUGGGGUGUGAUGACAACAGACAUACCAGAAGUUACUGGAUUUACAUUUAAAGACAUUGGGACAAGCACAGAAAUAGUGCUUAACAACAAACCUAAAGAUUUUGGGGGAGACACAAGUAAAGAGAAUUUCACUGAAGCUGCCAACUUCAAUGAGUUUCCUGAAGUUAUGACAAAUGUUUUGGUUAAGGAGACAUCACCAGAAACCUUAACCCUAAUCACACCUGAGGCCACAACUGUAACAGGUCAUGAAGUUACACUUGAUACUGCUUUUGAGAAUGGUACUCCUGAACUGGACAUUGCAGAGUUUGUUACCAAAGACAUGAGAGAUCUAGUACAAAAAGGAACACCUGAACCUGGUGAAGGUGGAAAGGGUCCAUACGAGAUUCCUAAAGACACAAUGCCAGAUGUUACAGAGGUGGAUACACGGACGACUGCCGUAGAUACGGACACAAAGGGUUAUGAAGUUACAGAACCAUCUGAGAUUCUUCAGAAGGUGAACAUCACAGUAGACCUAUCUGAGACCAGAGGAGACAGUUUACCUAAAGUCAUAACAGAGACAUUUACGGUUGUUACAGAAACAGCAGAUGUCAAAACAAACACGACCGGUGUUAUAUCUCAAGUACCUGAUGUUCUACUUAAGCCAAGUGAAGUAAUAACUAAAACCCCAGAGGUCACACAUCAGACACCUGUGUUCACAUCUAAGCUCUUACCGGAAAUAGUUUCAGAGACACCCGAGAAGAUACCGGAGAUAACAGACACGCCUGAUGUUAUAUCUGACAUGCCUGUAGACAUACCUGAAUUAGAGAAGGAUGAAAACCCAACGCCCGACUUGAAAGUUGAGGACAUCACAGUUGUACAAAAUGAUUUGACGACUUCCAUUCAAAAAAGUUUUUCAACUUCGGUACAAACCUCAUCAAAGGAUAUUUCGAAUGACAUUCUAGAUGAAAACAACCUGAUUGGUAAUGAAAUUGAUGAUAUCCUCGUCCGACCCAUUCGUCCUGUGAGAGACCAUAAGCUGGAGCUGAGCAUUAAACUGAAAGGAGAAAUUUAUGAUAAUGCUUUAAGAGAUCCAUCAAGUUCCUACUAUCAAAGCCUUUCCAAGCAGUUCAUUGAGAAAAUUGAAGACAUUUUUGAAAGGCUCCCAGGUUUCAAGAAAAUAUAUGUCCUUGAGUUUAGUCCACAAAAGGACAUCGAAGGAGGCCUGGCAGUAGUGGUGCACUAUGCCGUCGUUCUUGAAGGAGAUGCUGCAGGGAUAAGCAACGAGACAAUGGAUUACAUUAAUUUGCAUUCAAAUAAGGUCGAGAACUCAUUCACAGAUCCCGAGGAGCUACCUACCGUGGUGUACACCAUCACCGACUUCCGGAACUACAUCACCGAGGCCCUCCACAGGGAAAAUUUUGUCGGAAACUCGACCCUAGAUGUGGACCCCGAUUCUUUGCAACUGAAAAACGUGGAGACAUUGCCGCCUUCCAAACCAACCAGCAGACCGCUUGACUCCAGCAACAUGAUGGACAAUGUUCUUGCCUCAGAAAAACCACCAGACGUUCCUGAAUUAUCCAGCAAUGACAUCUAUAUCACAAAACAUGACUUUUUUGACCCUCUUCGCACUUUUGAUGGACAAGGUGACGACACAAAUGUGAAUGAUGUCAUCGUCUUUGAGGAAAGUUCCACAAUUUCUCCUGCAGAGACGUCUUUAAAGAACUUGAAUAUUGAGCUUACAUCUAAAUCUGAGGCGUCAAGCGGUGUACCAGCUCGUGGCACAGAAAGUGAAUCUAUUCUUGAAGAGGAGGGAUUUCUACAAACUGCAACUACACCCAGUACCAUCAUAGAUACUGUAACUGAAGAUGCCUUACCUGCAGAAUCAAUACAGAGGCCAAAUGCCACACCAGUUCCCCUUGUAGAUUCUCCCGGUGUGGAGGUUACAACUCUUGGUGAACUGACAGAUCUGGGUUCAGGCUCAGGUUUCUCUGGGGAUGAGCAAGGUGUUGACAUCUGGCCCUGGGUGUCUGAAACACCCUAUAAAGAUGCUGAGGUACAUAAACCCAAGGAAGAUCCAGAAAAUAUAGAUGGACCACUUGAGCCUCCUCACCAAGAACCGACAAGUGAGGACACAUUCUUGGACAGGAUUCCUGUGACGCAAGGCAUUCAUGCCAAUCCUCACUACACAACAACUGACCAGGCCCCGGUGUUCUGGACUACGGAGACUCUGGCUGUCGAGCUUUCCGUGCAGACACAAGUAGCACCUGAUGAUUAUUUUCCAAAUGAAUCUACCACUAUGGUUACACAUGUAACCGAACAACCCUUGCUACGUGUCUACACCACAGCAUAUGCAGAUGGAUCACCAAGUCUUGAUACAAAGAGUUCACCUGUUCAUAAGGACUUCACAGAAAGUAUAUCAUCUACAGUGAUGCCACCAAGCACAGCAAUAGAGGUAAAAGAAGAGUACACUCCUUCAACAGAAAACAAACAGAAUCAGGAAGAUUUGGGUACAACAGUGGCCUCAACGACAACAAUAAAACAUAUCCCCUCCACCACACAACUGCCUGCAAACCCAAACCUUGAUAUUGUGUAUGGGGAAAAUAUUAUCAGUGUUUCAGAAGCUAUUAGGGAACAUAAUGUUGACGUGUUACCCACAGUCCUAUGGUCAGAUAUGGAAGAAGUUAAAAUUCUAGAUGAAGUCUUGGGGGACAUCAAGAUUUUGUCUACUGAAAGUUCAGUGACUGAACUUUCUGAAAAGGAUUUAUUUGAGGAGGAGAUCAUAGUCGCAACAACAGCCACUCCAACAAGAGUCACAGAGGGACUCAAUUUAGAUCAUUCGACAUCCCUAAUUCCUGAGAAGGAGUCCCCGUUUACACGUGUAUCACAUUCAUCAGCGGAUGAGCAUGAACUUGCACCCGUUUCAACUACAGAACCUACACACACCCAAUCAUCUACUGAUUGGUUUGUUAAAGAGAUGACUCCAGACAAUAAUGUGGAUGCUUAUACUGCAACUCACUUUAGUAUUCAAGAGGAGCCUAUUUUACCUAAGAAGGCUGAAGAUGGGGACUCAACUGGAAUAUUUUACUCAUCCACAAUUACUGUCAUUUCAGAACAAUCAGAGACAAACCCUAGUUCAAUGACUCUACCGCCACUUUAUCAACCAACUUUUACACCUACCGACCAGAAUGUUGAUGCAGAAGAAACUUUAAAUGAUUCAGUACAAGAAAACAGUACAAGAAAAGUUUUCAGCCCACCUUCUGAAACCGUGAACUCUGGGAGUACUACUGUUAAUGUUCCUAUUUCAGUUAACUCCAACAUAACAGAAAUUGAUGUUUCAUUUGACGCCUUCCCAUAUGAUGGGUCAAGCGACGAUGAAGAUGGUGGUAGUGGGUUAGCUCAUGGGACGGACAUGGCAAGUAUUGCCUUGCCAGCCAGUCCUGGCAGGGCACUGAUAGUGUUUUUCAGUCUCAGGGUCACCAACAUGAUGUUUUCAGAAGAUCUGUUCAACAAGAGCUCCACUGAAUACAAGGCUCUCGAGCAGCGCUUUCUGGAGCUGCUUGUGCCAUAUUUACAGUCCAACCUCAGCAAUUUCCAAAAUUUGGAGAUCUUGAACUUCAGGAAUGGCAGCAUUGUUGUAAACAGCAGGAUGAAAUUUGGAAAGCCAGUUCCCCAUAGUGUGACGACAGAAGUGUACCUUAUCCUCGAGAACUUCUGUAACACCGCUUACAAAACAAUGAACCUUGCCAUAGACAAAUACUCACUAGAUGUUGAAUCAGGGGAACAGGCGGAUCCAUGUAAGUUCCAAGCAUGUAAUGAGUUCUCGAAAUGUUUGGUCAAUCGAUGGUCUGGCGAGGCGGAGUGCGUUUGUGACGCUGGCUAUUUUAGCGUGGAUGGGCUCCCAUGUCAGAGCAUCUGUGAAAUACAGGAAGACUUCUGCCAGAACGAUGGGAAAUGUGAUAUCAUACCUGGAAAGGGAGCCAUCUGCAGGUGUCGUGUUGGUGAGAACUGGUGGUACCGUGGUGAACACUGUGAGGAGUACGUGUCAGAACCGCUGGUAGUCGGCAUUGCCAUUGCGUCGGUCGCUGGGUUCCUCCUCGUGGCCUCAGGCGUGAUCUUUUUCCUCGCCAGAACUCUGCGAGACCAAUAUGACACAGAUGAUUCAGAAGACCCUUUGCGGCAUCUGGACAGCAUGCCAUCUCUAGAGCGAGCCACUAAAUACAACCCCAUGUUUGAAAGUGAAAUAACAUUGGGCUGCAAUCAGUAUUACCGUCGUUACCCAGAAGCCUCUGCUUACAGCAACGGCAGCGUUGAGAACUCCACAGACUUCAGCAGCGAGGAAAUCAAACAUAUUUAUGAGAACAGUCAACUUACAAAAGAGGAAAUCCAGGACCGUAUUCGCAUCAUCGAGCUCUACGCCACAGACCGACAAUUUGCAGAUUUUGUCCGACAUCACCAGGUGGCACUUGACGCUCGACGAGAGAGCUCUUCCAAAUAAAGCUGAAAACCAAAUCUCCGUUCAACCCAAGACACUUGCCUUUUGUCUUGAAUGCAAGAAGAGGUCCUCAUUUGCCACAUUAGACUUUGCGGGGAUGUAAUCUGCAAAGAUGUACAGUAAAUGGACUAAAGAUGUGAUUAUAUUCUUUUAUGGACAUGCUUUGAACCAUUACAAGGAUGGAUAUACACUUUGGAGAAGUAUAUGAAUUGUGAUCUUAUUUAGUAAAGUUAUGUAUUUGUGUUUUUAUGUGGAUUAUGAAUAUACUGUACAGGAUGUUUUGCAUGAAGUUUUAAUCUUUAUUGUUUGUGUUGUUAUGGCCAUUCUGUGUAAUUAUACAACCCUAGACAUUUCGUGGUACGAAAUAUUUGAUUUAUUUAUUCAUGUUCAUGGAUACGGUUUUCCUCUAUAUUUCAAGUCAUUGUGCACAAAUGUCUUUUUCGUGUCAUUUGGCACGAAUUUCUAUUUGAAGAGUUUGGUUCCAAAACGCAAUAAAUCAAUUUUGACUAA